AAGAUGCCUCCACGUUGGCCUUGUCACGAGACGUUGUGGGGCUCCGAAAUGUACUCGAACCGUUCGGAAUUGUGCCCAAAACGGGAUGAAUUUAAUGGGUAGUGACGCGGGGCGUCACACUAGACUCGAACUUCACAAAGUUCUAUUAUUCUCUAAAUAAAAUUUGAAUCUAUUUUUAUCGAUUUUUUUAGCUAAGGAAAUAUUUUUUUCAACUUUUAGCUGAUAUGAGUUUUUUUAAAUUGACAUGUGUCCUUUGACAUAGUUUUCAUUUUAUGUAAUAAAAAUAUAUGUCAAAUGACAAAAAUAUGUUAGUUUAGAAAUAAUAACAAGUUAAAGUUAGUAAGUUUGGUCAUAUUGAUUACUGAAUGCUUAUUUCUUACUGAAAUAAUUACUGAAUGCUUAUUUCUUCCUAGAAUAGCUACCGGAACUUUAUGUCUCGUCAACCGUGUCUCCGCCGUUUGUAUUGAAGGGAUAGUAAAAAGUAUAAACCAAGAAUGAUGAUUUUGAGGUCAUCAUCUAGGGGGACCUGGAAGCAUCACCGUUGGAAAUGGCGUAGUUAUAACACUCAUCCAUCAACGUCCAACGUUGUAACCACUAACAUUGCCAUUACAAAGCUAGCGAAAAACGGUUCACUUGAACAUGCCCGAAAGCUGUUCGACGGAAUGCCUGAGAGAUCAGUUGUUUCAUGGAACACCAUGAUUUCAGGUUAUUCCGAAUGGGAAAAGUUCAGUGAAGCGUUAACCUUAGUUUCGUUGAUGCACAGCAGCUAUAUAAAGCUGAACGAGUCUACUUUUUGUUCAGUGUUAAGUGUUUGCGCUCGAUCGCAGACGCUUAAUCUUGGUAAGCAAGUCCAUGGGCUAGUUUUGAAAUCUGGAUAUCAAAGUUUUCAUCUUGUGGGUAGUGCUUUAUUGUAUCUUUACUCCACGUGUCAUGAAAUUGAAGAUGCCAGGGUGGUAUUUGAUGUAUUGCAUUAUGAGAAUGAGUUGUUAUGGAGCUUAAUGCUUGUGGGAUAUGUUAAAUGCGACUUGUUAACUGAUGCUUUGGAGAUUUUUACGAAAAUGCCGACUCAUGAUAUUGUUGCUUGGACCACUUUGAUUUCUGGAUAUUCAAAGGUUGAAGGUGGUUGCCAGAAGGCUUUGGAGUUGUUUCGGUCAAUGAGAGAGGAUGAUAAGGUGGUCCCGAAUGAGUUCACGUUGGAUUGUGUUUUGAGAGUUUGUGGUAGAUUGAGAUCUUUAUAUAGCGGAAGAGCACUUCAUGGGUUGAUAGUGAAGUUUGGGUUUGAGUGGGAUCAUUCUGUUUCUGGUGCGCUGAUUGAUUUUUAUUGUAAUUGUGAGGUUCUUGAUGAUGCUAUGUUAGUUUAUAGUGCACUAGUUAAUCCUUCUAUAAAUGAUUCAAACUUGCUGAUUGGAGGGCUAAUCUUGGCGGGAAGGAUGGAGGAAGCUCGAUAUUUGUUUAACGGAUUAACCAAGAGGGAUCAUGUUUACAGUUUAAUGAUUAAAGGAUAUGCCGUGUCUGGUCAAGUAGAGGAGUCAAAACGGCUGUUUCUGGAGAUGUCAGAAAGAAAUUUAACUUCCAUCAAUACCAUGAUUUCUGUGUACUCAAGGAAUGGUGAAAUUGAUAAAGCUGUAGGUCUUUUUGAAGGAGUGAAAGUACAGAAAAAUACCGUUACCUGGAAUUCUAUGAUUUCAGGAUAUACCCAAAAUCAUCAACAAGAGAUGGCGCUAAAAUUGUAUACGACCAUGAGAAGAUUAUCAAUUAGCCAAACUAGGUCAACAUUUUCUACCCUGUUUCAUGCUUGCUCCUGUCUUGGAUCACUUCAUCAAGGUCAAUUGAUUCACGCAGAUCUGAUUAAAACUCCAUUCGAAUCCAAUAACUAUGUUGGAACAGCUCUUGUUGACAUGUACUCCAAAUGUGGGAGCCUUGGUGAUGCUCAAGCAUCCUUUCACAGCAUUGCAUAUCCUAAUGUAGCAGCAUGGACAGCUCUGAUUAAUGGGUACGCACAUCAUGGGCUUGGCUCUGAGGCACUUGUCCUUUUUAACCAAAUGUUAGAUGAAGGGAUUGAUCCUAAUGCAACAACCUUUGUCGGUGUCUUAUUGGCUUGUACUUGUGUGGGUUUGGUGAGCGAAGGCAUAAGACUUUUCCACGUAAUGCAAAAACACUAUGGUAUAGAACCUACUCUAGAACACUACACGUGCUUGGUGGGUCUUCUUGGUAGAUCAGGCCAUUUACAUGAAGCUGAGAAGCUUGUUAAUAGAAUGAAUAUUGAUCCAGACAGUAUUAUCUUUAUUGCGCUUCUUAAUGCUUGUUGGUUCUGGAUGGACAUGGAAGUUGGCGAGAGGGUGGCUGAGAAACUGUUCUCAUUGGAUCCCAAGUCUACAUCCGGCUGUCUUAUCGUGUCCAAUAUGUAUGCAGGAUUUGGCAAGUGGUGGGAGAAGAUGAGAGUGAGGAAAGCAAUGAAGAAGCUGCAGUAUAGAAAGGAUCCUGGAUAUAGUUGGAUUGAACUAAACAACAAGGUUCAAUUUUUCUCUGUUGAUGAUAGAAGUCAUCCUUAUUAUGAUAUAAUUUACUCAACUUUGGAAAGCAUAACGGCAAAUGUAGACGCCGAAAUUAAUUUUGAUUGUACUUCUUCAAAAUUAUAUGGGGAAAGUGAGUUACUAUCUUAGUUAA